AUGCCUGACGGAAUUGAAUCCCCAACAUCUGCCGAGAUGGCGUCCUUCCGGUCCCGCGUCGUUGGCACCUGGGGCCUGGUGUCGUACGUCGCCAUCAACCUUGACAACACGGAUGACAUCGUCUACCCCAUGGGCAAGGAGUGCAAAGGCCAGAUCAUGUACAGCAACGAUGGUUACAUGGCAGCUUUGCUCCAAGAGGCGGAUCUCAAAUCAUUCGACCGUGACUGGAAAGAGGGCACUACACAAGAGCUAGCCAAUGCAGCAAAGAAGACCAUCGCGUACUGCGGGCCAUUCUACCUCGACGAAGAAGACGGAAAGCCACAAAAGAUCGUCCACCACGCUCAAAUCAGCGUCCAACCCAACUGGAUCAACACCCUCCAGAUCCGAUGUGCAGAUCUGUUUGAGGAAGACGGCCAGGACUACAUCAUCUUAGGACCAGAAUGUCCGACUGAGUGGGAGGGAGUCAAGCGACUUCUUCGGCUGACAUGGCGGAAACUCUCUCAGAACGAUGCGGCUGAACCCCCAGCAGACGCCAAGGCGCUCAACAUUUGA